CGCGGACACGCCGUUUCCCGGCACGCUGCGCUGCGGCGGGCGGGGCGAUGGCGGCGCCGGCUGGGCCUGGCGCGGGGACCCCGGGGCCCGGGGCUCGCGACCUCUUCGCCGAGGGCCUGCUGGAAUUCCUGCGCCCGGCCGCGCGCCAGCUCGACUCGCACGUGCACGCCGUCAGGGAGAGCCAGGUGGAGCUUCGGGAGCACAUCGAUAACCUGGCCACAGAGCUUUGCAGGAUCAACGAGGACCAGAAGGUUGCGCUCGACUUGGACCCAUACGUGAAGAAGCUGCUGAACGCCCGGCGCCGAGUUGUGCUGGUCAACAAUAUCCUGCAGAAUGCCCAGGAACGGCUGAGGAGACUCAAUCAUAACGUGGCCAAGGAAACUGCCCGCAGGAAGGCCAUCCUGGAGGCAUCAGGCGGCUACCCCCAGCAAGUGAAGCAUGGGGAGAGCCUGGCUGGACAGGCUGGUGCUUUGUGACUGCUGCCAAAUGGAUUCUAGAACUGGUACUAUGAGUUUGGAGAGGGCGGGAACAAGAGUACCUGGCCCUGCAGGAACAGAUCUACCAUCUUGCAUGCAGAGCUGAAGUUACUGGGGGGGACAGUAUGGGAGAAUUGCACAGCUGGGUGUCGGGGGGGGGAAGGGGAGAGAAGAGGGCUGCUCUUCCUGCUGCUUUCAGGGAGACCUCAGCAAGCUGGGCAGGUGGCUGUUUGCUGACACUGAUGCUUUCCUUGUCAUCCACUGGGGUUGGGGGAGGUAGGCAGCACCUGCAAGUGCCUCUUUCAUGGUCCAUACAGGUGGCUUGUACUAAUAUAAGCGCCAUUCAUAGAGUGGAGGGACCCAUGUACAAUGUAUUGCGAGUCUUGUAGGUGGUACAGUAAUAAACUGCUUAGUGUUUA